ACUCAAUUGCUAAAUAUAUAUUUUUUUACAAUUACUUCAGUUAUCGAAAUGGGAAUUAACAUUUGAUUAAAAGGUGAAAUUAUCUGCAAAUGAAAAUAAUGACAGCUGAUUCCAGUACCCGCAAUACAUUUCGAAAGAACGGCGUGGGGGUGGGCAUCAAUGGACAUGGCCGUAGUAUUAUUACAACGGCGAAUCCAUCGGGUGGAAGUAGUGCAUCGCUACUUCAAAAGCAAUUAUCCUUUAAGACCCCCAUCGGAUCGAAUCAAUUUGGCAAAUCGGAUGAAAUCGAUGUGAUUGAGAGUUCAAACACAGAAAACUUGGCUGGACGAUAUAAUAAGAACAGCAUUAUCGGAUGGAUAUGUUGUGCUCCAUGCAUAUGGCUGAGGACAUCGGCCGCUGUGCACAAAAUGGCCAUAACAUCGGCAACUCUGCUGGUUACUACAUUACUCGUUGCAUCGCCAAUAUUGUUUCUGAUCAGUACGGCACCGUCCCCAUUACCGCGAGAUUGUUAUAUGGAGGGCGAUGGCUGUUCGCCUACUGUCUCUUCACCACCGGAGUGCUCGGAGCCAAUCUGCGAGACAGUGGCUAACAAUAUACAAGCCAAGCUAAAUUGGAAUAAGGAUCCAUGUUCAGAGUUUAAGAAAUUUAGCUGUUGGCGUAGCAGCCAAAAUAGAAGCCUAACAAAUCUUUUAGAAAUGGGAAACUCUCAAAGAAGUGUUGAUAGUCAAUUGCAGUUCCUUUUUCAGAAUAAGGUUAUGAACGAAAGUUUUAAAAUACUACAUAAUUUAUUUGAGAGUUGUUUAAAACAGACAGCUAACUCAACCAUAAUGCAUCGCAUAUUUGAUAGUUUAGGUGGUUAUUUACCGAUCGGCACUUUAGGGCCUUCUUCAAUUGCACCUUUAAUAGCAAAAAUUUAUGACCUUGGUCCAAGUCCCAUUGUUGAUUUAUAUUAUGAUCUGAGUUAUGGAAGAAGACCUCAUGUGCUUCUUAUAAUUAGUGGACCUAGUACCUCUUCAACUAUUUUAGAGAACAAAAUACGCUGGAUGAGUCCAAAAGCGCCGCCCAAUAGAAUGCGACAAGGUGUUCCAAAAUUAUUGGGAGACCUAAUUGACAAUAUUCUACCGUCAACUUUGUCAUAUGCUCAAAGAAUAUCAGAAAAGGAUACUAUAUUCGGAUUUAUAAAAGAUUUAAAUAAGCUUCAAGUGGAGCACUCCCGUCGCGGAUUCUGGGACAGUUCAGUUUUAUACAAUACAUCGAGCUUGCAAGAUAUGUACCCAGUUCUGAAUUGGACUCUGUUAAUUCCACGAAAUUGGAGUGGUCCCAUUGUUGUUAGAAACACCGAUUAUCUUAAAGCCUUAGAAGGAUUUCUAACAAAAUAUCCAUCUCGAGUGGCUCACAACUCAAUGCUUUUACUAUGUGCACUUGAAAUAUUGCCAAAGGACUAUCCAAAUCCUGAGGUUUGCACCCGUUCCACCAUGUGGGCUUUACCUGAAUUAGCAUCUGCUCUCUACAUUGCUCAACACACAUCCGAUGACUUGAAGGACAUUAUAAAACGGGCGGAAAUCGUUUUUAAGUCGUUAAAGGCUCAUUUAAAAAGAGCCCCGUCCCUAAAAGGUGCAGCUCUCGUGAAGUUAUCAGCUUUAAAAAUACAAUCGCAAACUUGGGAAGGAUUUUCAAAUGUGACACAACUGUUAAAGACAUUGGAAUCGUUGAACAUUAACUCAGAUUGCUGGUUCGAAAAUAUACUUGAGAUUUAUAAAAAAAAUAAACUGAUUCCGAAUGUAAUCAAUAUGGGAUCAAGUACACAUGACGCGUGGGCAUAUCCAAUUGUCUCGACGAUAUUCUAUGAUACAUUGAGCCAUUCAAUAGUUGUUCCAUUAUCUGUCAUAUUAAUACCAUACUUUGAUGCCCGAUUGCCUCCGUAUUUGCAUUAUGCUUCUGUUGGAGUUUCAAUAGCCAAGGAGAUACUACGCUCGAUAACGAAAUCUUUUGAUGAUAAGGCAAUGCGUUGUGUACCACAUUCCGUGAAUAUAUUUUCGAAUUUCAGCAGGAUGGACAUUUUAAUACAUUCUGGAGGAAUGCAGAUUUCAUACCACUCUAUGCUUUCUUUAACUGGCCCAAUUAAGGGAAUGGCUCGCCUACCUGGUCUUAACCUGACACCGACACAAAUAUUCUUUUUAGUUUCUGCUCAAGAGCUUUGUGCUGAAUCGAACUACCUGGGAAUUGAUACAAAUGCACCUGAAUUUGAUAACAUAUUGGGAUGGCUUGUGGCGCAAGGAGGAAGUGCGACUGAAGUUUUCAAAUGUGCGUCUGGUUCGAUGAUUAAUACACAAAAAACCUGUAAUGUGCUUUAAAUAUAGUUUACAUAGAUCAUGAAAUGUUAGAGUUGUUUACAAUAAUUAUUUUACUAUUCUGUCAACAGUA